GACGCUUAUUUUAUAAACAAUAUGGCUAACUUGACCAAAGUUGGCAGAUGUGGUUUUAAAUCUCUUAAAUUGCUAAGUAAAUAUUUAUUAAGAUGACCCGACCUUUAACAGGUCCAUCACACAGGACAAGAACGCCAACUGUUUUGCCGAUCGGACAUCUUUCCACUAAAAGUUCUGUAUAUUCUCCGGUUUCAAUGUCAAGAAUGUCUCAAGAUCUAGUCCAAAAUCAUAUGAAAUCACAUUAUCAACGUAUUUCUUCCGCAAAGGCAUGUGUCGACACGUCAGCACCAAAAUCUAUGAAACUCACAAUAAAAGAGAAAGACAGACGAAGAAAAGAGGCAUUGCUGGCAACAAGCGUACAAAAAACGACUCCAAGAUCAAGAAAUGGAGAGCCUUCAAAUUCUCCCCGAAACUCCACAUCAAAUCUCAGACAUGUCAAUCCACAUGAAACGUCAUCUCGUGACCAAUUGCGGAGUGAAAAACCCAGCUCUAAAAAAACGCCAUUUUCGCCAAGACGUGAAACUGGAAAUGUGGAGAAUGGCGACUUGCGUCAAACACACGACCGAAGGCGAAGGCUAAAUGACGCUCGUUUAAAUGGUGUUUCUGUUGGACCAAGUGUGCUUGAUGAACAAAGUUAUACGCGUUAUCAGAGCACGAGGCGAAAAAUGGACCAAAAGUCAACCAGAGAAGACUCAUUCGGAGAUCAAAUGAACGAAAGCUCAAAAACUAAACCCAACGAUACUUUAGGGACAUCUGACUUACAUCAGACUAAGCGAGACAACUGGAAUGAUUUAAAAAAUGAAACGUUUGAGAAUGGACAAUACACAACAAGCACUCCAAGACCUAACAAGUUUGAAGUCGAUCCAAGUUUAUCCACGAUGACAUUUAGUUAUAAAUCAGCACACGACCCACCACCGACACGAAGACAUCCAAGAAGAAAAACUGCACAGGAUUUAAUCUGGACUGAGGAACAGAAGUAUCUCCAGUUUAUAUCAGACGUAACAAGUGAUGUUUUGGCACGAGGAAUAUGUUCAAAUAGAGUCAUUAAUAAGGUUUUUGAAUCUCAUAUCGAGAAACGAAAAAACGACCUGGAUGAGGAUAACAUGAGGGAAAUGAUCGACCAGUUGAAAGAAGAUUUGGGAGUCAUCGAUGACUAAGGAGUAAAGGACCGUUUCAGACGUCGAACUA